CUACAUCAACCCCAAAGCCGCGAUGCCUUCAACAUCGCCGUAUUCUGCUCUCUCCCCUUGGAAGGAAACGCAGUCGAGUCCGUAUUUGACGAGGUCUACGACGACAUCGGAGACAUCUAUGGCAAAUCCUCCUUCGACGAAAACGCAUACUUCCUGGGUCGAAUCGGUCACCAUAACGUCGUGCUCGUCUAUAUGUCCCACGCGGCACGAUUAUCAGCCACCCGGUCGGCACUUCAUCUUCAAUCAAGCUUCCCCAAUGUUUCACUAGCACUGGCAGUCGGGAUCUGCGGCGGCGCACCGAAGACCCCCGACGGGCGACAUAUUUUUCUUGGGGAUGUGGUGGUUAGCCAUUCGAUCUUUCCAUAUGACAUAGGGCCACUAUACGGGGAUGAAUUCGACCUCGCUGAUCAGCCACAUGAACCCAUGCUGCUGCUAUCACCGGAGCCCCAAGCACUCCUGGCAAAGGUCCAGACUGUACCACACUCUCAUCAGGUGAGGUCCCGACAUACACAGCAUCUGGCUGCCGCAUUGUCCGCUGCGGGUAUGGAGGACAGCGCCUACCCUGGUGCCAAAAACGAUGUGCUGCGUACGGUUUGCACAAAUUUUGAACUGCCAGAUAUUGAGGACAGUGAGGAUGGCCCCGAUAGCACGAUAGACCCAGACACACGGCACACAAUAUCUGGUAGGAUCCGACAGCGAUCUGGCCUGAUGAAGAGCCCCGGUGAGAACCCCGACCCAGCCAUGCACAUCGGACUCAUAGCGUCCGGGGACUCACUCGUCAGAUCUUCCGCGGAUCGAGACCGAUUCGGGGAGGACUAUGGGGUGAUCGGUUUCGAUAUGGAAGCAGCGGGACUGGGGGAGGUGCUCCCGUGUCUCGUCAUCAAAGGCGUGGCCGAUUAUGCGGACAGCGACAAGGAUAGAAAGUGGCAAGCUUAUGCUGCAGCGAGCGCUGCAGCCGGGAUGAAGGCCCUCCUGGAGCAUUAU